ACUCCGCACGCCGUGAUGACUGACCCCACCGGCCUGCCGCCGCCGCUCCGCCCGCCCACCGCGCCGCCUCGACCCGCCGUCGCGCGCGUGCUGCACGCUAUCAACACCUGCACCUCCGCCGCGGCCCUCGGGCCUAUGCGCGGCGGCAUCCUCCGCGACCCCGCGCUCCUCCGCAACACGACCGUCGUCUCCGCCUUCUUCCUCGCAUGCGGCCGCCUCCGCAGCCUCGACCCCGCGCUCGCCCUCUUCGCCUCGCUCCCGCGGCCCCAUGUCUUCGUCUUCAACUCGCUCCUCCGCUCCCUGCCCCCAGCCCCCACCUGCUCGCCGCUCCCGCUCUUCCGCCACUUCCUCGGCCUCGGCGUCCGCCCCAACCGAUACACCUUCCCGCUGAUGCUCACCUCCCUCUCCUCGCUCCGCGACCUCACGGCCGUGCACUCCCAGGUGGCCAAGUCCGGCUUCGCGCGCGACCUCCACGUCCAGAAUGCCCUCCUUGCGCGCUACGCGGCCUGCGACACGGACCUGGCGCACGCCGAGCAGCUAUUUGACGAAAUGCCAUGCCCGGACGUCGUCGCGUGGACAACGAUGAUCACCGCGUAUAGGAACCGCGGCCGCAGCUUCCAGGCUCUGGCUGCCUUCCGGUGGAUGUCUGUUGCUUCUGUUGCCCCCAACCGCGUCACCAUGGUUUCUGCGCUUGGUGCCUGUGCGGCACAUGGCGCGUUGAAUACCGGCAUCUGGAUCCAUCAGUAUGUGCAGAAGCAGGGAUGGGAACUGGACGUGGUAUUAGGCACCGCACUUGUUGACAUGUACGGGAAGUGUGGGCACAUUGCAGAAGGAGCUCGUGUAUUCUCUGAAAUGGUCGAGAGGAAUGUCUAUACUUGGAAUUCUAUCAUUGGGGCACUUGCUCUGGCUCAGGAUGGAGAAACAGCUCUGCAAUGGUUCUUCCAGAUGGAAACUGACGGUGUACGGCCAGAUGCUGUCACACUGAUUUGUGUUCUUUGUGCAUGUGCACAUGCUGGGUUUGUUGAUAUUGGGAGGAAAAUAUUUAAUUCGAUUGUUCAAGGUAAGUAUGGGUUUCAACCUGGGAUCAAGCACUUUGGAUGCAUGGUUGACCUUCUUAGUCGCUCUGGACACCUGGAUGAUGCCUUCAGGCUUGUUGAGACAAUGCCAUCACAGCCAAAUGCUGUCAUCUGGGGCUUGCUAUUGCGGGGUUGCAAGGCCCGUGGUGACUCAAUAUUGAGUGAGCAUGUGACAAUGCGUCUGGUGGAGCUUGAGCCUGAGAAUGCAUCACAUUAUGUGCUGCUAGCCAACUUGUAUGCUGGGACAGGGAGGUGGCUGGAGGCUGAGGAGGUCUUGAAGUGGAUGAAGAAAAAAGGAUUGACAAAGGAUGCUGGCUGGAGCCUUAAGAUGUUAGAGGACAGCUUAAGCAAAUAUACAAGUGAUGGAGAUUUGAUGGAAUGUGCUCUCAACAUGGCUCCUCUGACUCCAAGACUGGUAGUGCCCAUAGAUGUAAAGAAGCAGCCAUGGGAACAAAAGAUCCCUCUCCAUAACCGCUGGCACCCAAAUAUCCCUCCUGUUGCUGAUGUAACUGAAGGGGAAUUGUUCCGUGUUGAGAUGGUUGAUUGGACUGGAGGGCGGGUUAGGGAUGAUAACUCUGCUGAUGAUAUCAAAUUCCUGGAUCUCACAACAACUCAUUAUCUUAGUGGACCCCUAAGAAUAGUUGAUUCUGAAGGGGUUCCAGCUUCACCUGGUGAUCUUCUUGUAGUAGAGAUCUGCAACCUUGGUCCACUUCCUGGCGAUGAGUGGGGUUAUACUGCAAUAUUUGAAAGGGAGAAUGGAGGUGGAUUCUUAACUGACCAUUUCCCUAGUGCAAGAAAGGCCAUUUGGUAUUUUGAAGGAAUUUAUGCAUACUCCCCUCAGAUACCAGGUGUUCGUUUUCCAGGAUUAACUCAUCCCGGUAUAGUAGGAACUGCACCAUCAGUUGAACUUCUUAAUAUAUGGAAUGAAAGGGAGAAAAGAUUGGCUGAGACAAGUCCAGAGACUCUUAAACUGUGUGAAGUCCUACACCAGAGGCCCCUUGCUAAUUUACCGACCCCUGAGAACUGCUUACUUGGAAAGAUUCAGAAAGGGACAGCUGAAUGGCACAAAAUGGCAAAUGAAGCAGCCAGAACUAUUCCUGGAAGGGAGAAUGGCGGGAACUGUGACAUAAAGAAUCUAAGCAGAGGUUCCAAAGUUUAUCUACCAGUAUUUGUUGAAGGAGCAAAUCUUAGUACUGGUGAUAUGCACUUCUCCCAGGGCGAUGGUGAAGUUUCAUUUUGUGGUGCAAUUGAAAUGAGUGGAUUCCUUGAGCUCAAGUGUGAGAUCAUAAGAGGUGGGAUGAAGGAAUACAUGACCCCAGUUGGUCCAACGUCACUACAUGUGAAUCCUAUCUUCGAGAUAGGUCCUGUCGAGCCACGCUUCUCAGAAUGGUUAGUGUUUGAGGGCAUCAGUGUGGAUGAGUCUGGGAAGCAGCAUUUCCUUGAUGCAUCAGUUGCCUACAAGCGUGCAGUUCUGAAUGCCAUUGAGUACCUUUCCAGAUUUGGGUACUCCAAGGAGCAGGUAUAUCUCUUACUAUCUUGCUGUCCAUGUGAGGGUAGGAUAUCUGGAAUAGUAGACUCUCCUAAUGCAGUGGCAACUCUUGCCAUCCCUACAGCAAUAUUUGACCAGGAUAUAAGGCCAAAACACUUGAAAGGGAGACCAGGACCAAAACUGAUAAGACUUCCAGAUCUUCUGAGCUGCUCAAAUGAUGGACACCUUCCUGUCACCCAAGACCAAAGUGGAAUCAUCUAUGUAUGUGACCUGGAAUCCAGAAUGUUGAUCUUUAGUUUGUCAGACAAUAAUCAUGUAUGAGGAUAGAAACACCUGAGUGGUGUCAUAUUUUCUGUAUUGCUACAAAGUCGUGCUAUGAAUAAUGUUGAAAUUUAA